CGCCCCUGCUGUCCUCAUUUCCCGUCCCUAGCCUCGCGGAUCGUCCCCUUCCAGCCAGAUCAUCGCCAUGGCCCUGAGCACCGAGCAACCCGCCGUCCGCCGCCGCCGCCACUCUGGUGCCAACGCCGUCGAAAUCAUCACCUCCCCGCGCGUGUCCAUCCCCCCGCCGCGCCCAAAAUCUACCCCGCCGAACGAGCGUCCCAAGCAACGUCGGCGGCACGAGAACGAGGACGAGCCUGAGCCCGAGGACAUGCUGGUCGACCCAGAGUCCGACAGCAGCUCCUCUUCGGAAUCGCCCGUCGAGGAGAAGGCUCCGGCAGACCGGCCAACUCGCCCUCUCCCCACCAAGACACGCAAGUCGCUGCACGAAUCAAGCCGCAACCCGCUCAUGCAGCCAGCAAACCCCCACAUGCUCCCCGUGCAGGCGCACGUCCCCCGCGGCGGCGUCGCUUCCUCCCAGCGGCGGCUUUUUGUCGUGCUGGAGCAGGCAUGCCUCGAGGCGUAUCGUGUCAGCACCGGCGGGCGGUCCAAGAACGGCCGUGAGGGCGACGUCAAAUAUGCCCUGCUUAACUGCGACGACCACCAGGGCAUCCUGGCAAAGACGGGGCGGGACAUUGCGGAUGCGAGGCCGGACAUCACACAUCAGUGUCUCCUGACGCUGCUGGAUUCGCCUUUGAACAAGGCUGGCCUACUGCAAGUCUACAUCCACACCGCAAAAGGGGUUCUUAUUGAGGUCAACCCUCAUGUGAGGAUACCACGAACAUUCAAGCGGUUCAGCGGGUUGAUGGUCCAGCUUCUGCACAAGCUCUCGAUCCGAGGUGUUAAUGGUCCUGAGAAACUGUUGAAGGUGAUCAAGAACCCCGUGACUGAUCAUCUUCCCGUGAACACCAUCAAAUUGACUCUCUCGGGGGACUCACCAACCGUGCGGCUGUCACAAUACUUGCCGACGCUCCCAGAGACACAUUCAGUUGCUGUCUUUGUGGGCGCAAUGGCACGCGGCAAAGAUGACUUUGCAGACGGGAUGGUGGACGAAAAAAUCGGUAUCAGCAACUACCCGCUGAGCGCAUCAGUUGCAUGUGGCAAGUUCUGCUGUGCGCUCGAAGAGCUCUGGGACAUUGUCUGAUCUGGGCCAUGUUUUUUUUGCCGUUUGGGAUACUUGAGUUAUAUGUUUCCUCGUCUUUUCCUUGUAUCAAUGUACAUCUGACAUCUCACCCAUCUCGCAUUCAACCUGCGCAUCUCCGCCUUCCCCACAUCCCCAUCCUGUUCCCAUCACCCUACCCCCCGUUCGCACGUUGCAUCUGACCGCCGUCGCUCAUUUAUCACCGCCCGUAGCCCAGCUGCGCUUAAUCCCCUGUAGUCAUGAUCCCGCUGGCAAGGUCCCCCGAUGGCUGCGACUCAACUUGCAGUCGGGCUUUGCGUUGUACCACGAUGUUGUAGCGUAUAUGAAAAAACCAGACGUGAAUGCACCUGUGUAUGCCUGC